CGUCAGUGAGGAAGGGUGUAGGCGCUCGGGUGCUCUGGUUCACCACUGGAUUAUUGACACAAAAGCAACAUGUCAGGCGAUAUCCAACCCAGAAAACGCAGGGCGAAGGGAAAGAAGAAAGCCCACCUGGAGGCGUUGCAGCGCGAGGAAUACGAGCAGGAACGGCAGGCCCUGAAGGCCAUGUCCUAUGAGGCAGACGACUAUGUAGCAGACUCAAAGGGCAAGAUCACGUUAAGCAACAAGUCAAACAGCAGUGGGAGCAGCAAUGGCGAUGGAGAAGGCAGUGGCAUCGUGGCGAAGAUCUUCUUCCUGAUCCUGCUGGUGUCCCUGUCGCUGGUAGUGGGCCUCAUUCUGGUUGAGCUGCGAGGCAAGCAGGCUGCCAUCAAGGAAGUACCGUCCGCAGUGCCCAAAGCGGCAGAGUUCAUAAAAGAAGAUGAACCUUUAAUACCUGAAGAAAGUGCCUCGAUAGAUGAGGUCCCUGCCCCUGAAGUGCCACCUGUCCUACAGGAUGACCCAGUUGAAGAAUAUGAGCCAAUAGAAGCAACGCCACCUCUCGAGGAAUACAUUAAAGUUGUAGAAGAGGUUGUCGAGCAUGCUGAGGAGGAGCAGCCAGUGGAGCCUUCUCCUGUAGAGGAAGUAGUUCCAGAGGAACCUGCUGCAGAGGAUGACAGCUUUUUUGAAGCGCAAGAGAGUGUGCCAGCGGAGGAGAUUGAGGUUGUAGAGAUUGUUGAAGAAGUUCCUGUUGAAGUUGUGGAAGUUAUUGAGGAGGUGAUAGAGGUGCCCAUAGAGGAAGUGGAAGAACCUGUGGUAGAUGAUACACCUGCAGAGGAGGUUGAAGAGGCUGCUCCUGUUCAGGAGGAAGCUGAAGAAGUGAUAGAAGAAGUUCAGGAAGAACCUGAAUCUGCAGAAGUAGUUGAGGAAGAGUCUGCACCAGUAGAAGUAGUUGAAGAAGAACCUGCACCUGUAGAAGUAGCUGAGGAAGAAUCUGCAUCUGCAGAAGUAGUUGAGGAAGAGUCUGCACCAGCAGAAGUAGCUGAGGAAGAACCUGCACCUGUAGAAGUAGCUGAGGAAGAACCUGCACCUGCAGAAGUAGCUGAGGAGGAACCUGCACCUGCAGAAGUAGCUGAGGAAGAACCUGCACCUGCAGAAGUAGCAGAGGAGGAACCUGCACCUGCAGAAGUAGCUGAGGAGGAACCUGCACCUGCAGAAGUAGCUGAGGAAGAACCUGCACCUGCAGAAGUAGCAGAGGAGGAACCUGCACCUGCAGAAGUAGCUGAGGAAGAACCUGCAGAAGUUUUGGAAGAAGCUGUGCCAGUUGAAGUUGAGGAAGAAUAUUCCCCAGUGGAAGAGGUACAAGAGGAAGCUGCAACUGUAGAAGUUCAAGAAGCUGUAGUUCCUGAGGAAGAUGCUGUACCUGCAGAAGUAGUAGUAGAAGCAGUAGAGGAAGUCAAAGAAGAAGAACCCCAAGAAGUUGUUGAGGAACCUGUUGUUGCCGAAGAAGUGCAAGAAUUGGAUGCACCCGUAGAAGUGGUGGAAACUGAGGAAACUCUUGCUGCUGCAGAAGAUGAUGAUGAUGAUGAGGAUGAUGAUGCAGAGGAAGAGGAUGGUGAUGAGGAAGCAGAUGCAGAUGAUGAUGAUGAUGAUGAUGAAGAAGAAGGAGAAACUGAAGAAGGAAAGGAUGAUGAAGAUGAUGAUGAUGAGGUGGAGCAAAAAGAGGAAAGAGAUGCCAAUAUGGAAUCCUUGACCAGUGCUUACAUUCGUGUAGAAACCCUGGCUGAGGAGAUUACAAGUAUGGACCCAGAGAAUGAGAUGGUGAACCAGCUGACACCUCACAUUGCAGGGGUUCUGCGGGCCAUGGAGUCCGGCCACACUGUGGGACUGUACGAGACCCUAGACCACAUCCAAGUCAUUCUGGAAGAUGUCAAAAGGAGGAUAGAAGAGGGGGAGCCGGAGCCUGUCAAGUCCUCCCAGAGUCCCGAACCGGAAGAGGCAUCAGAAACUGGGUUAGGGACUGAGCCUGAGCUUGUAGUUACUGAGAGGGAACCUCUUUCUGAUGCACCCUCAGUAGCUGCUGAAUCAGAACAGCCUCUGACUGUCGAAGACCCUGUGGCUCAGCCUCCCUCUGUCGCAGAGGCUGAGACUCAGCCACAAGGAAUGGAUGAGCCAGAGCCUGUGCUUGUAGAAACAGAGUCUGUUCCAGUAGCCAUUAGUAGUGAGGUUGAAGUAGAAGCUAGUCAGUCUUUAGAGUAUGAUGUUGUACAGGAAGCUGAGCCAGUUGUGGAAGAGGAGGGGACGCCAGCUGGAUCUGAACCCGCAGUACCUGCACCAGCUGAGGAAACACUGCAAGAGAAGGCAUCUUAUGUGGUGAAGGAGCGAGAGCCCUUAUUCCCUGCAAAGGAAUCAGAGGGUGUGUCUGAAGAAGUUCUUGCUGAUAUUGAAUCCCAGAUCAUUCCUGAGGGUGAGGAUCCCCUAACAGAAAAGGGAGAGGACAGUGGCAUUCCUGCAGUCUCUUCUCCUGAAGAAGAGGGUGCUGGUAUUUCCUCUCCUUCUGGAGGAGAAGGGGGGGACCCAGUUCCUGUAGAGGAAGUAAUCCCUGACCCCAUUCACAUUGAACCCCUCCAGGAACCUGAAGCAGAGCAGCAAGAAGAGAAAGAGGCGAUACCUCCUUAUGAGAAAGCUGACAUUACCAGUGAUGUUGAUAAUGAUAUUCGCGAAGAGCUAGAUGCAGCAGAAAAGGAGUUACCUCAGAACCCAGGGAAAGCUCUGAACAGCUUUGGAGCCCUUCUCCACCGUCUGCCCCAGUCUGCGCGCGCACUUUAUGGCCGAGCCUGCAGCCUGGACCGCCUGGCUGAAGUAGAGCGCUCCAACUCAAGACUGGAACAGGCUAUUGCCACAUACCGCAGUGUCAUCGACAUGGCUGACGAACACCCAGACAAGGUGCCCUUGCCACUCCUACGACUGGCAGCGGAAAAGUGCAUUGAGAGAAUGAGAUUCAGAGGGUUCAUGGGCAAAGCUGUCAGGGUUCAGCAGAGAUUGCUGCAGAGGUUCCCAGAAGACAUCAAUCUCAGGAAUCAGAUAGGGGUGACCUUCCUUCUGAUGAACCAGCCUACUGCCGCUAAGGACGUGUUCAAGGAGGUCCUAGAAAAGUGGCCGGAGGAUGGGUUUGCACAGGUACAUUAUGGAUUUGUCAUGAAAACAUCUCACAACAAUAACACAGCCGGAAUUGAGUACAUGCAGAAGGGCAUCAACAGCGGUGCAGAGGGCACACAGGAUGGCCGUUUCUACUUCCAUCUUGGAGAUGCUCUGCAGAGGGAAGGGAAAGCAGAAGAAGCUUAUAAGUUGUACGACACUGCUGUUGAAAAGGGCUUGUUCCUCAGCCGAUACCAGCGUUCAUUAUACAAUGUUGACAAGCUGCGUUCACAGCCCCAUUGGACACAGGAGGAGACUACAUAUCAGGAGUUCUUCAAAAAACUGGAGCAGAACUGGCUAGCAAUUCGAAAGGAAGGUCUGGAAGCGCUUGCUUUGCCGCCCCAAGAUGGAUUCCGCCCAGAGGCAGAGAACCUCCAGGAUACAGGUGACUGGAAGCAAUAUGAGAUUUUCUCUCGAGGAAGGAAGAUAACUGCAAACUGUGUGAAGACUCCUCAGACGUGUGCUCUUGUUGAGAGCUUUAAACCAGCUUCUGGGUGCAAGCGUGGACAGGUGAAGUUCAGUGUCAUGUAUCCUGGCACACAUGUUCAUGCUCACACUGGCCCUACCAACUGCCGCUUGCGAGCCCAUCUGGGCCUGCUCAUACCUGAAGGGCUACGCUUACGCGUGGGUGAAACCAACCUAAGCUGGGCUGAAGGGAGAGUCAUUGUGUUUGACGACAGCUGGGAACACGAAGUCUGGCAUGAAGGGGAUUCCCCGCGGUUGAUCCUCAUAGUGGAUGUGUGGCACCCAGAGCUUACAGAAGAGGAAAGGUUAUCCUUGUCCCCAAUAUAAUAAUGAAUCGAACACUUGCGUUCCUUUGGCGGCCAGUAGUGGUUCCUUCUUUAAGAGUCUUAAACAAGGUACUUAUUCAAGCAAAUGAGCUUAGUCACAGUUUAGACAGUGGAACAAACAGGAGCAGAGAACAAAGAUUAUAUGCAAAGAAUUUUUAUCCAGUUCAAGUGAUGUAGAUAUGCUUAUGAUGUGUUUUACCACUGCAUCUUUCUUUUCGUUUUUCUUUUCUUUUUAGUUCUCUCUUACCAUGUACUGAGAGUCUUGUGAAUUAUGUUAGGGAUUCAGUUCCAGAUAAAUGUCCAAAAGUUGUAAAAAUGUCUGCCAGUCAAAAAGGGUUACCUUGCACCAGAAACAAAGAGUAGGCCGAGAGCCCAGGAAGGUCGAGUCAACUCUUCCCACUCACUAUUCUAUUUUUCCCAAUUUUUCAGAGCCAAUACAUGUAGUUCCUCCCAGUAUCACUAAUGGUUCAGGAUGUGCCAUCUCACAGCCAAUAUUUCAUGGAAGGAUAGUAAUGGUACAUACUACCAUUGUGUAACUCCAUCCUUUUAUUUUCUUCUUCUCAAUAUCCAAGUCGGAUAACUAGGACUACUAUGACAUA